AUGUCAUCAUCAUCAACCAGUGCAACUAAUAAUGAUGAAGAUCAUUCAGCAUUUGUUAUUAAAGUUUAUCGAAGUGAUCAAUCAUUUAAAUAUUUUCCUGUAUAUAAAGAUACAACAGCAAAACAACUUGUUAUGUUAGCUAUAACUGAAUUUGGUAUUGGUGAUCAAAGCAGUCAUACAUCUUCUCGCGUAGAGUUUGAUCUAAUGCGGUGUUAUUCGUUAUGUGAAGUAUCUGUUGAAAACGGUGUUAUAAAACAAAAACGUUUACCUGAUUAUACUAAUAAUUUACCUGAACGUCUUCCAGUAAAUGCACGGUUUUAUUUAAAAAAUAAUCAUUCAACUGAAACACUUGUACCUGAUCAUUUAUCAAAUGACUUAAUGCGUGAAGCACGUAUCAAUUUUCUUUCAUUAGAUGCACUUGAAAUUUGUGCACAAUUAACCUUACGUGAUUUUGCAACCUUUAAAUCUAUUCAAACAACUGAAUAUAUUGAUCAUAUAUUUAAAUUAAAAUCAAUUUAUGGUAUACCACAUCUUGAGAAAUUUCUUAAAUUACCAAAUAAAGAAAUGUUUUGGACAAUAACUGAUAUUGUACGUGAAAGUAAUUUAAUGCAACGUUCAAAAGUUAUUAAACAUUUCAUUAAAAUUGCUAAAUGUUGUAAGGAUAUGAAAAACUUCAAUUCAAUGUUUGCAAUUAUUACUGGUCUUGAUCAUAAAGCUGUACAACGUUUACAACAAACUUGGGAACGUGUACCAGACAAAUAUAAAAAAUUAUUUGAUGAACUCAAAUCAUUACUUGAUGUAUCUCGAAAUAUGUCCGUCUAUCGAAAUUUAUUAAAAAAUGAAUUAGUUGCUCCACCAAUUAUUCCCAUGUUUCCGGUGUGUAUGAAAGAUUUAACAUUUAUUCAUUUGGGAAAUUCAACUCAAGAUGAAGGCUUAAUUAAUUUUGAAAAACUUCGUAUGAUUGCUAAAGAAAUUCGUCAUAUAACAAAUAUGGCAUCAUCACCAUAUGAUAUAUCUAAUAUGUUUGAUUCGCCAACAUCUCAUACACAAGUAUUUGCUGGUUUUGGCCAUCAAUCAUCAACUGAUUCAUCGAAUACAAUACGAAGAUAUCAGACUGGUAAUCGAUUAUCUGUUAUGGCAAAUGCUAAACGAGUUUAUGAUGAAGCAUUAAUGGUUAAAAAAGUGAAAACAUAUUUAAAUAAUGCUGAAAUAAUUGAAGAUGAAAAUCGUCUGCUAGAAAUAGCUAAUCAAUGUGAACCUGUAAGCACACUUAAACGUCGUCCAUCACCAUCAACAUCAAGUUUAUCAUCAAAUUCAUCAUCUGAUCGUCGUGGUGGUGCAAUACAAUUAACUAAAUUUGAUAAUUGUCCAGGUACACAAUCACCAGAUGCUGUUAAUAAAUUACUUCGUCUAUCGGAUAGUAGUCAUCAAAUAAAAAAUCGUACACCACAACGUUCACAACAUAUACCAACAUCAUCUAGUCUUUCAAGUAGUACAUCAACAAAUAAUCCUGGAUCACCAUUAUUAAGUACUUCAACAACAACAACAGGACUUUCAUCAUUAGCUGAAGUAUCAUAUCGUCAAAAUCAUCAACAUCAUCAUCAUCAGCAUUUAAAUAAAAUGCGUGAUACAAAUAAAUUAACAAGUGAAAGUUCAAGUUUAAAUUUUAAACAACCAACAUCAUAUUCACAUAUGAUUAGAUCACAUACUCUAAUACCUCAAAAUAAUAAUGAAUUAAUUAAAGAAGGUGGAGAUUCAGGACGUGGUAGUCUUAAUUCAACCGAUACUUGUGUUGGUGAUGGAAGUGAAAAAUCAUCCAGUACAAUUGGUGAAGGUUUUGCAUCAAUCAGAGUUCGAAAUCGACCUCCAUUACCACAAUCAACAUCUGUUACAUCAACAGCACAUCCUGAUAGUGCACCUAGUCCUAAAACAAAACGUCAAUGGUUACAACGUUCCCAAUCACAUAAUGAAGUAACAACAAAUGAUGGACCAAAUCAAGAAGACUCAACUGUCGAUUUCGACGAACAUGAACAAGUGACAGCAGUUUAA